CCAGCACCCACUCUAGAAACUUGUAUUUUUAUAUAAUAUGUACUCGAUUUUCAUAGUUUUGUGCGUGGUUUUUACCAGUGGCCGGAUUGAGGCAUACACUCUGCAACAGCGUCAACAGGGGGAUCUUUUUGCUUUGGAAUGCCUCACAGAAACAGGAGUGAACCCUGCCUCGAUUGCUUUAUUAAAGGUGGGAGAUUUCUCUGCCAACGAUCAACGGGCCAAGUGUUUUGUGCGAUGUUUCUUUCAAAAAGAAGGUUUCAUGAACGGUGAUGGCGAUUUUCUGACCGACAGCGUUAUUGAGGCACUGUCCAGUGAUUUCGAACGAGAAAAAGUGAAAAAAGUUGUUUCUAGCUGCGACGCGAAGGGCAAGGAUGCAUGCGAUACCGCUUUCCUGAUGUACGAAUGUCUCUACAAAAAUCGAGAAAAUCUGUGAGCAUGUCGGUAGUGUCAAAGAUACACAAUCCGGAAAGUCCUCAACAUAUAUGUCUAUAUUAUUAAAUUAAAGCAUGUGAAUUUAAUUGCGUCGUAUGUAUAUUAUGGUAAUAAUAAUGAUCUACAUACCGAGAGUGUCAAUUCCAAUCUUCAAAAUAUAUUAACAAAAAUAUUAUAUUAACUGUGAUCCAUGAACACUGUUUUGAAUUUACCCAACUGUGUCCUGUAUCUUUCAUAAUCGAUCCAAAAACUUCACGAAAAAUGCGAGAUUUAGAUUUUAGUUAAUUGGCAUGGUGAUAAAAUGUGUAACCGCGUACCAUAUGUCACCGUGGUAUAGGGCUCGACCUCGACAUAUGUGAUGAUCUUUACAAGGAAUAUUCUCGAUAAUACUGACUUACAAAAGUCCUUGACAUCGUCACACAAAAUACAAACACGCUGAUUUCCUGACGCAAUAGUCAUUUAACUGAGAAAUAAAAACUGCGGCUCGACAAAAGCCACGUUCCAGUUG